GGCGGCGGCGGGGCCGGCUUCAAGUCGGCCUCGUGCAGCACCUCGACGUCCACGUCGGCGGCCGCCGCGUCGUCCACCAAGAAAGACAAGAAGCAGAUGACGGAGCCCGAGCUGCAGCAGCUGCGCCUCAAGAUCAACAGCCGAGAGCGCAAGCGCAUGCACGACCUCAACAUCGCCAUGGACGGGCUCCGCGAGGUCAUGCCUUACGCUCACGGCCCGUCGGUGCGCAAGCUCUCCAAGAUCGCCACGCUGCUGCUGGCGCGCAACUACAUCCUCAUGCUCACCAACUCGCUGGAGGAGAUGAAGCGGCUGGUGAGCGAGAUCUACGGCGGCCACCACGCCGGGGGCGGCGGCGGCGGCGGCGGCGGCGGCGGCUUCCAGCACUGGGGUGGCAUGCCCUGUCCCUGCAGCAUGUGCCAGGUGCCGCCCCCGCACCACCACGUGUCGGCCAUGGGCACCGGCAGCCUGCCGCGCCUCACCUCCGACGCCAAGUGA